AUGGCGGAUCUCGCGCUGAGCAAUCGCCUCAUUGCGGCCAUCGCCAUCCUCAAUCGGCAAGAGGAGGCUAGUCGCGCUGAGCUUACCGCUUCCACACAGCGCCUUCAGGCCGCCGACGAGGCUCGAGAAGCAGCGGAAGUAGCAUUUCGGCAGGCUGCAGCAGCUCAUGUCCAGGUGCAAGCCGACCACAAGGAGGUCGAGGCAAAAUACGCGCCCAUGAUCGCCGACGCUCAUACCGAGCGCCAAGUCCUGGGAAGUUACCUCUUGGUAGAUGCUGGCGAUAGGAAUGACGAGUCUAUCGAAGAGACCCUGCAAAAAUAUGAGCAGCAAGGCCCCACUACAGGUGCUCCGGCAGGCGAAGAAGUCGCUGCGCCCAAGUCAACAGGCACUGCCUUGCCGACUGGCAAUCCCGCCGAUUCGCAACCAAACGCAUCGACUCAGCAACCGCCUCCCAUUGCAUUUCGAAAUGGUCAGAAACUCUCCCAUCGCGACCACCUGAAGUACUGCCCGGUAAUCGUCUUCAACCAGGACAGUAACGACUGGGUCGAACUGCGCUGUUCCGAAUGCGGAACCAAUAUCUCAGUCGCCCAAAAGUGCCAUCUGGGCGGUGCUGUAGGAUUUGUAAAGCAUCUCUCGCGCACCCACAAGAUCCUUGGUCUGAAGGCCGAAGACGCUAUGAACCGCUGCAAGUACCGCGUCGUACCAGAUGAUGAGGUCCAGCGGAUACUCGACGCUGGGACUGCUGGCGCUCAGCAUGUGCCGCAGAUUGGCGCCCGCGAAGCGGAUGAGGUGCCCAAGGCCUUUAUGAUCACAUGCGUAAUUCCCAACCCUGGUCGCGAGCUCAACAUCGAAGAUAUCGCUACCACGUGCGCGAAGCGCAUCUCAUCGGCGUAA